UAUUGAUAUAGUGAACAGUAUCAGACGAGAGACACAGCUUCCCAGAAGAUUGUUUACCCUGCAAGAGAAAUGCCGUCUGCUACUCCUGCAGUAGUAUCAAAAGGCGCAAUGAGUUCAGUAAAAAAUCUUGUUACGUUCCCAGCGCUAAGUGAAGUCACAGAUGCAGCGGUCCGGUCUCCGAUGGAGCGAGAUACACAAAAGGCAAGUGAUGGCGACGAAUCACACGGGAACGGCAUCGAAGCAUUCAAUCUGCUGAAGACUCUCGGUAAGGGCAGUUACGGCACUGUAUAUCUCGCUGAGAAGAAGGAGGACAAGGACCAAGUGUACGCUAUCAAGGUGCUACAGAAGCAUACGGCUAUCCAGAAGAACAAUGUAAGGAGAACCAUCAGUGAGAAGAAAGUUCUGGCUAUUGCGGGUCGCCAUAUGUUUUGUGCGAAAAUGUUUGAGUGUUUUCAAACUGCCAGCAGGCUUUUCUUCGUUAUGGAGUAUAUCGGCGGCGGAGAUCUAUGGUUUCACUUGGAAAAAGAAAGAAGUCGCCGUUUUGGUGAGUCCACAACUCGCUUCUACUCCGCUCAGAUAGCGUGCGCCCUACUUCAUCUGCACCGUUCAGGAAUCAUUUACCGUGAUCUGAAACUUGAAAAUGUCAUGCUGAGCAGUGAUGGACAUAUCAAAAUAACAGACUUCGGUGCGAGCAAAGUAACCCUAGGAGCCACAACAUCAACAUUCGUCGGCACGACUGAUUAUAUGGCCCCGGAAAUGGUCAGAAGGACAGCUUACAACGCGUCUGUUGACUGGUGGGCUCUUGGCGUUCUGAUGUUUGAGAUGAUGUUUGGCUGUGUGCCCUUUAGAGGAGCAACAAAAAAGGUGAUAUUCCGAAACAUUAAAGCCCAGCCGGUGAUAUUCCCAGACACCAACUGCAGUAAACAUUGCGAAAGCGUGUUGCUGAGUUUGAUGCACAAACCUGUUAAGCAGCGUCUGGGAUGCACGGCUGGGUAG